UGUGUCUCUGUGUCUUGGCAGCCCCUUCUGUGAUGCCAUGGAAAUCUUGAGGCGCUACUGCAACAUCCAGUUGCCCAAGGAAUUCUAUGAUGUCCGCCUCUGCUGGUUGGACACCUUCCCUCUUAGCCAACCGUUGACCCUGAAGCACCCUAGUCGUAUCCAAGUGGCCAGUCCUGCUGAAGAAUUGUCUCCAACUGAAGAGGAUACCAAGCAGGAGGCUCAGCCGGAGGACGCCAAUCCCGCAUUCAGUGCCAAGGUUCUGCUGCUUUCUUCUCCUGGCAUUGAGGAAUUCUACCGCAAUUGUCUGCUCUAUAUUGAGGAGCCCAGCGACCAGAGGGAAAUCCCUGAACACCCCACAAAGCAAAUUAAGUUCCUGCUGGGAAAGAAGGCAGAGGAGCUGCUGCUUGUGGGAGGGGAGUGGUCCCCUUCUCUGGAUGGUGCUGACCCAGCUACGAACCCCACCGUCCUGAUCCUCACAGCCAUUCGUUGCGUCAAAGCCCAGAUCGGCUUGGAUUUGAGCCCCUGCAUGAAGUGGUGAGUCUUGUGCCAUUGAGCUGUGCCUUCCAACCCCGUCCUUUUUGCGGCUGCUGUUGUUGUUGAGAUAAAGAGUCCGGGGAUUUGUGGUGAACUGACAAUGCAGGAAGCCAAUUGGGGCAUCGGUCA